UGAGAAAAAGCCUGCUCCUUUUUUUGUUUUCUUUGAUCGAUCUUCUGCUACCAUCCAUCCAUCCAUCUAUCAUCAGCCUUUAAUAUCUCUGUGUUAGUAGGGUUUCUAAGAGAGUCUCAUUUAAUCUUGUCAAACAACUGAUUUAAACCACAAGCACACAGAAAGAAAAUAGAAAAAAAAAAAAAAAAAGAGUUUCUUGUGGAGCCCUAUACAAUUUCCCCCUUUGCCCUUUUCAGUCUGCGUCCUCUCUUUCUUAAUCUACCUGUUCUAGAGUGAGAUAGACACAUAUUUAGAUACAUACACAAUAUAUAUAGAAAGUGAGAGAGUAAGGUGAGUAUAAAGAGAGAAAUACAUACAAACAUAAUGCAGCAGCACCUGAUGCAGAUGCAGCCCAUGAUGGCAGCUUAUUAUCCCACUAACAGCGUUACUACUGAUCACAUUCAACAGUAUCUUGAUGAGAACAAAUCUCUGAUUCUGAAAAUAGUUGAGAGCCAAAACUCGGGGAAACUGACCGAAUGCGCAGAAAAUCAAGCAAAGCUUCAGAGGAACCUUAUGUAUCUUGCUGCCAUUGCUGAUUCUCAACCACAGGCGGCUGCCGUUCAUUCCCAGUACCCGCUUGGCGGAAUGAUGCAGCCAGGUGGUCACUACAUGCAGCAGCACCAACAAGCUCAAGCUCAACAGAUGUCACCACAAGCACUCAUGGCUGCACGUUCAUCUAUGCUCUACAGUCAGCAGCAGUACUCUUCACUGCAGCAGCAGGCUGCCAUUCACAGUCAGCUAGGAAUGAACUCUGGUGGUGGUGGUAGUGGGGGAAGCAGUGGGCUUCACAUGUUACAUAGUGACGGCACCGCUAGUGGCAGUGGUGGGCACCUAGGCAUAGGAGGGUUCCCUGACUUCUCCCGUAAGCAAGAUAUCGGGCUUUCUGGCCCGACUACUGAAGGUCGUGGUGGUGGCGGCGAAGGUGGCGAGACACUUUACUUGAAAUCUGGUGAUGAAGGUAACUGAUGUUUUUACCUGUUAAGCAUCAUAUAAUAUGAAGUCUGCUAUAUUUAGUAUGAGAAGUAGGUAAGAAGAGCAGAAAUAUGGAAAAAUAACUGGUUAAGAUGCUUAUAAAUGGAUUUUGGUGUUGUGUAACACCUCAGAACUCGAAUUUCACUGUGUGUAUGUUGCUGAACCAUGAAUCAUGUUAUCGUAGUUGUUUUUGUUGUAUA